GCAACAGGCAGAACCAGGAGACUUUACAGGUGGAGUAGGAGACCUGCACACUUUGCAUUUGGAGAUUUUAGAACAAACUUUGAUGCAGUGCAUUUUAGAGGAGCAUCUUUGGCAUCACAGUGAGACACUGCAAUUAGAUGCGGCCGAACAGAUGCUGGACGAUGUCGACGACCCUUAUUUCUCG